AUGCCAAACGGUGAGAACUCUGUGCAGAAUGUCCGGGAAGAGGAUACCAAAGCCUGGCGGAGAGGCAUUGCCGCAGACACCCAAAGUUAUAUUCCAUCUGUUCUGAGUCUAUUGGCUACAUCAGCUCCAAGGAAUGCAUAUCUCACUCGCUGGCAAGAUUUGACUCCGCUUGACAAACUGAACCCAUACUACCCCAACAUCAGCACCAAAGUCACAGUUAUCUUCAAGGAUACACUUGACGCCGCCAUUGCUCUUGAGCAAUCGAAAGAAGAGAUGGGGGACCUUGACGAGGGCAAGGUCUGUGUUUUGAAUUUUGCAAACGCCUACCACGCUGGAGGAGGAUGGCUAAAUGGCCAAUCGGCUCAAGAAGAGCAACUCUGUUUCCGAAGCACACUGAGUGCAGCACUUCCUGAACGAUUUUAUCCAAUACAGGCAGGUGAAUGUAUUUACUCACCCUCUAUCUUCGUCUUCAAAGACAAUGAGGAGAAAGACUUCGGAUAUAUGUGGUGUGGUCAGAAAAAUGAAUAUAUGCCAGAGGUUAGCGUCAUCAGUGUAGCAGCAACAAACCGUCCAGCGUUGAACGCAGAUAACACGGCAUAUGGCACUGAAAGGGAAGCAAAUUUGAUGAAAGACAAUGUACGCUUGGUUCUUCGUCUAGCAGCAUAUCAUCAUCAUCGGAGACUGGUUCUCGGGGCACUUGGAUGCGACAUCUUUGGACAUCCUACUGGUGUAGUUGCACAGAUCUUCCAUGAUGUUCUUAAGGAAGCGGAAUUUGGAGGAUGGUUCGAACGUAUUACCUUCGCUAUACUAGAUAAGUCUCGGGAUGGUAAAAAUUUCCAAACCUUCAAAAGCACGUUGGAUGGCCUUAGUAUGGUGUGGAUGGAAUCCUGA